CAUGAUCAUCAGUGAUCCCGCUCAGAUUUUUUUUGAACAAAUUCGAAAGUGAAAGGAAACUGCGACGAAUAAGCACAGUACAUGUAUUGUUCAACGGUCUUGUCCGGGGAAGAUCAAGUCAAGUUAUUUGCACAAGUGUGAUUUAGAUAUUACAUGGUAAAGAUUUGUUAGCGUUAAUAUUUCCCGACUUUAUUUGGAUGUCGAGAUUUGUCAGAGAUUUGACGCACGACAUGCCACCUUGCGUGAUUGAAAAAGCCAGCUCGAGGGCCCUGAAUACAGUAAGUAGGCCUAGACUUUUACAGCUACAUCGUGGCAUACCGUGCUUUACCUUUGUCUCGUUUGUUAUAAACUAUUGCGGAAAUACAGUAUUUAAAUGGAUUUAGCGACGAUGGACCAUAAGGCCAAUGAAUAUAUUUUAGAUUGCUAUUUGAAAGUGAAAGUAAUAUGUGCCCACAAAAGAUUAGCAAGAUUUUUCAUAUAACGUUAGUGAAAUUAACAAUUGUUCAUUCUCUUUAGGUUAUGCGGUUGUGCAUAUUGGCAGCUUUGUGCGCGUCUCUUUCCACUGCCACUACCGGUGAGUAGCGAAGACUAGUGGCGGUUUAAAAUCUUUACUGAAUUAUGACAAAUAUGCAAUAAAGGGACUGUAAUAGCAUAAUUACAGUAUUUGUAUAGGCCUACUUGCAAUAACUGAUGUGAUGCGUUGCCCUUCCUCUGAUGGCAGGUUGGGUGCGGUUUGAUAAGUGGGGUUAAACACAGUUCAGAGGGUUAUUUAAGCAAUAGCAAUAAGGCACCUCAGGGGUUUGUGGUACACACUUAUAUAUACACAAAAGUGAUAUCUAGAGCCUAAAAGGGUUCUUCGGCUGUCCCCAUAGGAGAAUCCUUUGAAGAACCCUUUUUGGUUCCAGGUAUAACCAUUUACAGAGGGUUCUAUAUGGAACCCAAAUGAGUUCUACCAAAAAGGGUUCUACCUGGAACCAAACAGGAUUCUCCUAUGGGGACAGCUAAAUAACCCUUUUGGAACACUUUUUUCUAAGAGUGUAUAUUGCCAAUAUACCAAGUCUAAGGACUGGCUGUUCUUAUGCUGGAUACAGCCUUAGCCGUGGUAUGGGGACAGCCGAAGAACCCUUUUAGGCUCUAGAUAUCACUUUUGUAUAUAUAUAAGUGUGUACCACAAACCCCUGAGGUGCCUUAUUGCUAUUAUAAACUGGUUACCAACGUAAUUAGAGCAGUAAAAAUAAAUGUUUUGUCAUACCCGUGGUAUAUGGUCUGAUAUAACAUGGCUGACAGCCAAUCAGCAUUCAGGGCUUGAACAACCCACUGUAUCUACAGUGCAUUCGGAAAGUAUUCAGACCCCUUGACUUUUUCCACAUUUUGUUAGUUAUAGCCUUAUUCUAAAAAUUUCAAUAUGGCAAUAUGGUAAUAAUGCAUGCAAACAAAAAUGUGUUUUUUGGUCUUAAUUGAAGGCAUAAGGUUAGCAGUGUGGUUAAGGUUAGGGUUAGAUUUAAAAUCAGAUUUUAAGAAUAGAAAUGGUAGAAAUAGGCUGGGUUUUGUAACUAACUUUGUGGCUGUGGUAUCCAGUGACCACCCAGUUAUAGCUUCGCAAAGCCGCCUGAUCCCGCAAGCUUACAUUCAUGUUGUAUCUGCAGCGUGAAUCAGUCUGUUAUUUACGAGGCUACUAGUUUUCUGUUGGACAUUACAGAUUUAAAGGUAUCGGAUCUUUGGAUACCAGAACACAAAUGUCUUGUAGGCUAUAUUUUGGAGGUGCCUUGAGAUGUAUUUUACAAAAAACAAACAACACAUUUCUGAGGCUUUUACUUUUAGUAGUAAUAAUAAUAAUAAUAAUAAUAAUAAUAAUAUUAAUAACUUCAUAGAACUUAUGACAUUUUAAACUCACCAAGUUAAAACAAAGUUAAACAGUGUAAUCAGAAGAUGGGAGUAAUUUGAACACCUUCCUCCUCCUCCUAUCAGAAAUGUUCACAUUUUCGGUACCCAAGGAUCCGGUCUCGGUGCGGUUGGGACAUGUUGCCACCAUGCCAUGCUCGCUCACCCCUUCCAUGAACGCGGAGGGCCUGGAGGUGCGUUGGUACCGGCCCAAACAUUUUGACAACCCGGUCUUGCUCUACAGAGAGAGACAGAUCCAGGAAGCCUUACAGCAGGCCCAAUACGUGGGCCGCGCCUCCCUUGGGCUCCGGGAGGUUACGUCAGACGGGCUGAAGGGAGGUGAUGUGACCUUGAAGCUGGUUAAUGUCACUCUGAGGGACCAAGGGGAAUAUGUUUGCUACGUCAGCAGUGACCAGGGCUAUGAGAGUGCCAGUGUCUUUCUCAACGUGACUGGUGAGUUCAUUCAAACAUAUCCAGGAAUGAUGCUACAGAAAUGAAAUGGUCUCCAUCAUAAUGUCUCCAUCAUAAUGUAUCCAUCAUAAUGUCUCCAUCAUAAUGGUCUCCAUCAUAAUGUCUCCAUCAUAAUGGUCUCCAUCAUAAUGUCUCCAUCAUAAUAUCUCCAUCAUAAUGUCUCCAUCAUAAUGGUCUCCAUCAUAAUGUCUCCAUCAUAAUAUCUCCAUCAUUCUUUCACCAAUAGUUGAAUUAUCUGAGGUAUAAAAAAAUAGUGUGAGACUCUCGGAUACGUGACAGUAUUUUGUUUAAAACCCUCCGCAAUAUUGUGCACUUGAUCUCCUUCCCAGUGGUGGGCACCCCUCCUCUCCUCUCAGCAGUGAGAAGAGAUGCUGACUCUGUGAACGUGAGCUGUGUUUCCCAUGGAUGGAAGCCAAGGCCCAGCCUACAGUGGUCAGAUGGGAGGCAGACUCUGAAACCUGAAAGGCUGGACUACAGCAGUGGUGCCCAAGGUCUGGUGUCUGCCCACAGCUGGAUCCUCUCUUCCCCAUCCAGUGCUCCCUGGGUAUCCUGUUCUCUGGUUCUGUCUGAAGGGGAGGAGUGGGAGGGAAGAGUGGACCUACGGAACCUUGCGGCUGUACCAGGUAAUAGAAGGAUAAUAACCUUGUUUCUUUCUGCUAUGAGCAUAUGGUGAUCUGGAACCUAUCACAAGGUGUGUGUGUGUGUGUGAGUAUUUAUUAAGCUUCUGUGUAUGCAAACGUGUGUGUGUGUUUGUUUGUUUGUGUGUGUGUGUGUGUGCGUGUUUGUGUGUGUGUGUGUGUGUGUGUCUUUGUUUGUGUUUGUGUGUGUGUGUGUAUGUGUGUGUGUGUGUGUGUUUGUGUGUGUGUGUCCACCAGUUUGUUGA